GAAAAAUCCCUAUUCAAUGUCAUUGACAAUUGCCAUGCCGGAAUUUCUGUUGUUGGUCUAUAUCUUUAAAUUUGGUUAAUCGAUUGUUCGACACAGGAACGUGCAGCAGUUUCGUAAAUCCAAAGUGACUGAAGUCUCAGUGAGUGUGCAAAGGUUAUGGUUAGAGACAACUAUGGGUGAAGCAAAAAUGAAUUUACUUAAUACCUGCCAGACUGUAGCCCUCCGUUACCGAUUUCUCUAUGAAAACGUGGGUGGAGGAGAGCCCCAACUUAUAUUUGAGCCUCAUCCAUUGAUUGAGUUGGAAGUGGACAUUCCGAAACCUACAGAGCAACCAGAAGCAGAGCUUAAACCCGAGGAUGUCGACUACAAUGUGGAUGUGGAGUAUUUAAGAAGUUUAGAUCCGAAAGACUGGAAGUCGCAAGACCACUACAAGGUAUUAGGAAUAGAAACACUAAGAUUCAAAGCAUCUGAAGAUAUUAUAAAGACAGCAUAUCGUAAGAUAGUCUUGAAACAUCAUCCUGAUAAGAGGAAAGCACUAGGAGAAGAAAUUAAACCUGAUGAUGACUAUUUUACUAAUAUUACUAUGGCAUAUGAAACUUUAGGUACUUUGGCGAGGAGGCGGGCCUUUGAUUCUGUUGACCCCGAAUUUGAUAAUGACAUACCUACUUCAUCUGAACUUAAGAAGGAUUUCUAUGAUGUAUUUAAUUAUUAUUUUAACCUGAACUCACGGUGGUCAGAACGCCCAAAAGUCCCUAAAUUAGGAAAUGAAAAUUCUUCAAGAGAUGACGUAGAAAAGUUUUACUCGUUUUGGUAUGACUUCAAGUCUUGGAGAGAAUUUUCUUAUGAGGAUGAAGAAGACAAAGAUAAAUGCCAGGAUCGGGAUGAAAGAAGAUACGUAGAUAAAUUAAAUAAAGCUGAGAGGCUGAGGAAGAAGAAAGAGGAGAUGUCAAGAAUACGAACGUUAGUUGACUUAGCAUACAAUAACGACCCAAGAAUAGCUAAGUUUAGACAAGAUGACAAAGAUAGAAAAUUGGCGGCAAGGAGAGCCAAGCAGACAGCUGCACAACAAAAGAAGGAUGAAGAGGAUCGCAUAUUGAAGGAAAUCAAAUUAGCAAAGGAGCAAGCAGAGGCCGCAGAGCGAGCUAGGAUUGAAGCCAAGAGACAAGAAAGAGAAGUUAUGAAAAAGGCUCUUAAAAAAGAGCGAAAAUUGUUUCGAGAUACGUGUAAAGCAAAUAGCUACUUUACUGACGAUUGUGAUAAGAAUCUUUACCACAUAACCACGAUUGAAGCCAUUUGCGAGAGACUCACUUUAGAAGCUUUAGAAGACUUAAAUAAAAACAUAAAAAGUAAUGGCAAAUCUGCGUUCUUAAAGGCCAUUGAAGAUCAUGAGAAGCAUUUGCAAAGAGAGAAGCAAGAAGUUUUGAAUGCAGCCAAGCAAACAAAUAAUAAAGAUAAAAAUACAGCUGUUAUUAAAAUAGCACCAGAAUGGAAUGAAGAAAAUUUGCAAUUGCUUGUUAAAUCUGUAAAUUUAUUUCCCGCUGGUACCAAUCAACGUUGGGAAGUAAUUGCUAAUUUUAUAAAUCAACAUGGAGUUUUUAAGAAAGAUAGUAGUAAAUUUACUGCAAAAUUAGUACUUGCCAAGGCAAAGGAUCUUCAAAAAACCGAUUUCUCAAAGAAUAAUCUGAAGGAGCAGGCAAAUAAAAAUGCUUUUGACAACUUUAAAAAAGAUAAAAAGGCAGUUUUGAGUGUUGCUGAAGAAGAAAUAUCCAAGAAACUAGAAGAAGUCAAUAUCAAUGGCAUGAAUAAUGGGCACCGUGAAAACUCUGUACAAGCUAAUGUGGUAGAACCAAAGCCAGUUCGGGAGAAAGAAGUUAAGGAAGAAACCAUUGUGAAAACUGAAAAAUGUGUGAGGUUUGAUACAUUGCCCUGGACAACAAGUGAGCAGCAGUUACUUGAACAAGCUUUGAAAACGUACUCCGCUUCCACACCAGAAAGAUGGGACCGAAUCGCUGAGUGCUUACCAAACCGCUCGAAAAAGGACUGUAUGAAAAGAUACAAGGAGCUGGUUGAAACGGUCAAGGCAAAGAAGGCUGCUAAGGCUGCUGUAAGUGCAAAGUGAUAACAUCUAUGGUACUCUAAUUUCAUUUUACUGUAAAGUAUAUUUUGUUUUGUACAUUAUUUAGCAACACUUUGUUAAUCGAUGAUUUAGAAUAAAACAUACUGUCUGAACGU